AUGUUUUUGCCAAAGAUCUCGUUGGUGGCACUGUCUACCAAGCCUUCUUGGGCGCUCUCAGCUAUCAUCGCUGGUAGAAUCGUUAAGACGUUUGUCAAUGGCGGUACACACCACUCGGAACCGCUCUUCGCAACGCUUGUGGAUCCUCUCGGAGCAAAUAACGGCGAGGAGGGCACUGGAAAGGGCUAUAACACCGCCAAAGAUACCAGGGCGAUGAUGUUCAUUGACCCAGACAAGGAGGAUAGUGGACUGAUGACUCUGCUGCUGCUGGUAAUGCAGGAGGUCUCGACAAAAUCUGUCUAA